UUAAUGUUUACAAAUAAAGUUGCUCAAAGAAAAACCUCAAAAGUAAAAGACCCUGGUGGUAUAUGAGGGCUAAUGCAACUACAUUCUUCAAUUUUAUUUUUAUUUUACAGCCAAACCAGAGCUGGUUUAUAUUUCCUUCUUCUAGCUCAGGGUUAGCUAUUCUAAUUCAUUCCAAAAUAAGAAUAUUUGGCCUGAAUAAGACACUCUUUAACUUAAAGGUCAAAGCACGUCUUUAUUUUUAUUCCUUUUUAAAAAAAAUUUCAUUAUUUUUAUUAUAUAUAUAUACUAUUGAAUUUUAGGUUCUGGGGUACAUGUGCAGAACAUGCAGGAUUGUAGCAUGGGUACCUACAUGGCAAUGUGGUUUGCUGCGUCCAUCCUCCCAUCACCUAUUUCUGGCAUUUCUCCCCAUGUUAUCCCUCCCCAACUUUACUACCCCCUGCUGUCCCUCCCCUAUUCCCCCGCAACAGACCCCAGUGUAUGAUGCUCCCCUCCCUGUGUCCAUGUGUUCUCAUUGAUCAACACCACCUAUGAGUGGGAACAUGCAGUGUCUGAUUUUCUGUUUUUGUAUCAGUUUGCUGAAAAUGAUGGUCUCCAGAUUCAUCCAUGUCCCUACAAACAACAUGAACUCAUCGUUUUUUAUGGCUGCAUAGUAUUCCAUGGUGUGUCUGUGCCACAUUUUCCCUGUCCAGUCUAUCAUCAGUGGGCAUUUGGGUUGGUUCCAAGUAUUUGCUAUUGUAAACAGUGCAGCAGUGAACAUACAUGUGCAUGUGUCUUUAUAACAGAACAAUUUAUAAUCCUUUGGAUAUAUACAAAGUAAUGGUAUUGCUGGGUCAAAUGGAAUUUGUAUUUCUAGGUCCUUGAGAAAUCGCCACACUGUCUUCCACAAUGAUUGAACUAACUUACACUCCUACCAACAGGGUAAAAGUGUUCUUAUUUCUCCACAUCCUCUCCAGCUUCUGUUGUCUCCAGAUUUCUUAAUGAUUGGCAUUAUAACAGGCAUGAGAUGGUAUCUCAAUGUGGUUUUGAUUUGCAUUUCUCUAAUGACCAGUGAUGAUGAGCAUUUUUUCAUAUGUUUGUUGGUGUCAUAUACGUCUUCUUUUGAAAAGUGUCUGUUCAUAUCCUUCGCCCACUUUUGAAUGGGUUUGUUUUUUUCUUAUAAAUCUGUUUUAGUUCUUUGUAGGUUCUGGAUAUUAGCCCUUUGUCAGAUGGGUAGAUUGCAAACAUUUUUUUUCCAGUCUGUUGGUUGCCAGUUCACUCUAAUGGUUGUUUCUAUUGCUGAGAAGCUCUGGAGUUUAAUUAUAUCCCACUUGUCUAUUUUUGGCUUUUGUUGCCAGAGCUUUUGGUGUUUUAGUCAUGAAGUCCUUGCCUAUGCCUAUGUCCUGAAUGGUUUUGCCUAGGUUUUCUUCUAGGAUUUUAUGGUGUUAGGUCUUAUGUUUAAGUCUUUAAUCCAUCUGGAGUUAAUUUUAGUGUAAGAGGUCAGGAAGGGGUCCAGUUUCUUCUUUCUGUACAUGGCUAACCAUUUAUGAAACAGGGAAUCCUUUUAUGAAACACCAUUUAUGAAACAGGGAAUCCUUUCCCCACUGCUGCUUUUUGUCAGGUUUGUCAAAGAUCAGAUGGUUGCAGAUGUGGGGUGUUGCCUCCAAGGCCUUUGUUCUGUUCCACUGCUCUAUAUCUUUAUUAUGGUACCAGUACCAUGCUGUUUUGAUUACUGUAGACUUGUAGUAUAGUUUGAAGUCAGGUAGCGUGAUGGCUCCAGCUUUGUUCUUUCUGCUUAGAAUUGUCUUGACUAUGUGGGCUCUGUUUUCAUUCCAUAUGAAGUUUAAGGUGGUUUUUUUCCAAUUCUGUGAAGAGGGUAAUAGGUAACUUGAUGGGAUAGCAUUGAAUCUAUAAAUUACUUUAGUCAGUAUGGCCAUUUUCACAAUAUUGAUUCUUCCUAGCCAUGAGCAUGGAAUGUUUUUCCAUCUGUUUAUAUCCUCUCUUAUUUCCUAGCAGUGGUUUGUAGUUCUGCUGGAAGAGGUCCUUUACAUCCUUUGUUAGUUGUAUUCCUAGGUAUUUUAUUCUCCUUGUAGCAAUUGUGAAUGGUAGUUUGUUCUUGAUUUGGCUUUCUUUAAGUCUGUUAUUGGUUUAUAGGAAUGCUUGUGAUUUCUGCACAUUGAUUUUGUAUCCUGAGACUUUGGUGAAGUUGCUUAUCCGUUUCAGGAGAUUUUGGGCUGAGACAGUGGGGUCUUCUAAAUAUACAAUCAUGUCUACUGAAAAUAGAGACCAUUCAACUUCCUGCUUUCCAAAUGGAUACCCUUUAUUUCUUUUUCUUGCCUGAUUGCUCUGGCUAGAACUUCCAAUACUAUAUUGAAUAGGAGUGGUGACAGAGGGCAUCCUUGUCUAGUGCCAGAUUUCAAAGGGAUGCUUCCAGUUUUUGCCCAUUCAGUAUGAUAUUGGCUGUAGGUUUGUCAUAAAUAGCUUUUAUUAUUUUGAGAUACGUUCUGUCAAUACCUAAUUUAUUGAGAGUUUUUAGGAUAAAGGGCUAUUGAAUUUUGUCGAAGGCCUUCUCUGCAUCUAUUGAGAUAAUCAUGUGGUUUUGUCUUUGGUUCUGUUUAUGUGGUGAAUUAUGUUUAUAGACUUGCUUAUAUUGAACCAGCUUUGCAUCCCCAGGAUGAAGCCUAAUUGAUCGUGAUGGAUAAGCUUUUUGAUGUGCUGUUGCAAUUAGUGUGCCAGUAUUUUAUUGAAGAUUUUUGCGUCUAUGUUCAUCAUGGAUAUUGGCCUGAAGUUUUUUUUUUUGUUGUUGAGUCUGCCUGGUUUUGGUAUCAGGAUGAUGCUGGUCUCAUAAAAUGAUUUGGGAAGGAUUCCCUCUUUUGGAUUGUUUGGAAUAGUUUCAUAAGGAGUGAUACCAGCUCCUCUUUGUAUGUCUGGUAGAAUUCAGCUGUGAACCCAUCUGGACCUGGGCUUUUUUUGAUUGGUAGGCUUUUUUUUUAAUUGCUGCCUCAACUUCAGCCCUUGUUAUUGGUCUAUUCAUGGUUUCGACUUCUUCCUGUUUUGGGCUUGGGAGGAUGCAAGUGUCCAGGAAUUUAUUAAUUUCUUCCAGGUUUAUUGGUUUACUGGUGUGUGUGCAGAAUUGUUUGUAGUAAUCUCUGAUGAUAGUUUGUAGUUCUGUGGAAUUGGUGGUGAUAUCCCCUUUAUCAUUUUUUAUUGCAUCUAUUUGAUUCUUCUCUUUUUUCUUUUUUAUUAAUCUGGCUAGUGGUCUGUCUGUUUUGUUGAUCUUUUAAAAAAAAACAGCUCCUAGAUUUAUUGAUUUUUUUUUUUGAAGGUUUUUUUUGUGUCUCUGUCUCCUUCAGUUCUGCUCUAAUCUUAGUUAUUUCUUCUCUUCUGCUAGCUUUUGAGUUUUUUCAUCUUGCUCCUCUAGCUCUUUCAAUUUUGGUGAUAGGGUGUCGAUUUUAGAUCUUUCCUUGCUUCUCAUGUGGACAUUUAUUGCUAUAAAUUUUCCUCUGCUUUAAAUGUGUCCCAAAGAUUCUGGUACAUUGUGUCUUUGUUCUCGUUGGUUUUGAAGAACAUCUUUAUUUCUGCUUUCAUUUCAUUGUUCAUCCAGUUAACAUUUAAAAUCCAGUUGUUCAGUUUCCAUGAAGUUGUGCAGUUCUGAGUUAGUUUCUUAAUCGUGAGGUCUAAUUUGAUUGCACUGUUUGUUAUGAUUUCUGUUCUUUUGCAUUUGCUGAGGAGUGAUUUACUUCCAGUUAUGUGGUCAAUUUUAGAGUAGUGAUGUGGUGCUGAGAAGAAUGUAUAUUCUGUGGAUUUGGGGUGGAGAGUUCUGUAGGUGUCAAUUAGGUUUGCUUGGUCCAGAUCUGAGUACAAGUCCUGGAUAUCCUUGUUAAUUUUCUGUCUCGGUGAUCUGUCUAAUAUUCACAGUGGAGUGUUAAAGUCUCCCACUGUUACUGUGUGAGGGUCUAAGUCUUUCUGUAGGUUGUUAAGAACUUGCUUUAUGUAUCUGGGUGCUCCUAUAUUGGGUGUGUAUAUAUUUAGGAUUCUUAGCUUUUCUUGGUGCAUUGAUCCUUUUACCAUUAUGUAAUGCCCUUCUUUGUCUCUUUUGAUCUUUGUUGGUUUAACAUCUAUUUUAUCAGAGACUAGGAUUGCAACCGCUGCUUUCUUUUGCUCUCUAUUUGCUUGGUAAAUCUUUCUCCAUCCCUUUAUUUUUAGUCUAUGUGUGUCCUUGCAUGUGAGAUGGAUUUCCUGGAUACAGCGCACCAAUGGGUUUUGACUUUUCAUCCAAUAUUCUAGUCUGUGUCUUUUGAUUGGGGCAUUUAGCCAGUUUACAUUUAAGGUGAAUAUUGUGGGAAUUUGAUCCUGCCAUUUUGAUGCUAUCUGGUUGUUUUGCCCAUUAGUUGACACAGUUUUCAUUGUGUCAGUGCUCUUUACCAUUUGUUAUGUUUUUGGAGUGGCUGGUACUGGUUGUUCCUUUCUAUGUUUAGUGCUUCUUUCAGGGGCUCUUGUAAGGCAUGCCUGGUGGUGACAAAAUCUCUCAGGAAUUGCUUGUUCAUGAAGGAUUUCAUUUCCCCUCUGCUUAUGAAGCUUAGUUUGGCUGAAUAUGAAAUUCUAGGUUGAAAGUUCUUUUUUUUAAGAAUGUUAAAUACUGCCCCUUACCCUCUUCUGGCUUGUAGGGUUUCUGCCGAGAGAUCUGCUGUGAGUCUGAUGGGCUUACCUUUGUGGGUAACUCGACCUUUCUCGCUGGCUGCCUGUAGCAUUUCUUCCUUCAUUUAAGCCCGGGUGAAUCUGACAAUUAUGUGCUUUGGAGUUGCUCUUCUUGGGGAGUAUCUUUGUGGUGUUCUCUGUAUUUCCUGGACUUGAAUAUUGGCCUGCCUUGCUAGGUUGGAGAAGUUCUGGAUAAUAUCCUGAAGAGUGUUUUCCAGCUUGGAUUCAUUUUCUCCAUCACAUUCAGGUACACCUAUCAAACAUAGAUUAGGUCUUUUCACAUAAUCCCAUAUUUCUUGGAGGCUUUGUUCAUUUCUUUUCAUUCUUUUUUCUCUAAUCUUGCCUUCUCUUUUAUUUCAUUGAGUUGAUCUUCAAUCUCUGAUAUCCUUUCUUCUACUUGGUCGAUUUAGCUACUGAAACUUGUGUAUGCUUCACAUAGUUCUUGUGUGGUGUUUUUCAGCUCCAUUAAUUCAUUUGUAUUCUUCUCUAAGCCGUUUAUUCUUGCUACCAUUUUGUCAAACCUUUUUUCAAGGUUCUUAGUUUUGUAGCAUUGGGUUAGAACAUGUUUUUUUUUUAGCUCAGAGAAGUUUGUUAUUACCCACCUUCUAAAACCUGUUUUUGUUAAUUCAUCAGACUCAUUCUCCAUCCAGCUUUGUUCCCUUGCUGGUGUGGAGUUGUGAUCCCUUGGAGGAGGAGAGGUGUUCUUGUUUUGGGAGUUUUCAUCUUUUUUGUGCUGGUUUCUUCCCAUCUUUGUGGAUUUAUCUACCUGUGGUCUUUGUAGUCAGUGACUUUUGGAUGGGGUCUCUGAUUGGAUGUCCUUUUUGUUGAUGAUGAAGUUAUUUCUUUCUGUUUUUUAGUUUUCCUUCUAACAGUCAGGCCCCUCUGCUGUAGGACUGCUGGAGUUCCACUCCUGACCCUGCUUGCCUGGGGAUCACCUGCGAUGGCUCCAGAACAGUAAGGGUUUCUGCCAGUUUCUUCUUCUGUUAUCUUCGUCCCAGAUGGAUAACCACCAGAUGUCAGCCUGAGCUCUCCUUUAUGUGGCGUCUCUUUGGAUAUACAGGGGUCAGGGAGCUGCUUGAGGAGUCUGACCCUUAUAGGAGCUCAAGUGCUGAGCUGAGCUCUUUUGUUUCUUUCAGAGCUGCUGGGCAGGUAAGUUUAUACCAUGGAUGACACAAAGGAGAAGAAUGACAGUUACAAAGAUGAUCUUCUGCUUAGGAUGGGACUUAAUGAUAAUAAAGCAGGAAUGGAAGGAUUAGAUAAAGAGAAAAUUAACAAAAUUAUAAUGGAAGCCACAAAGGGGUCCAAAUUUUAUGGAAAUGAGCUCAAGAAAGAAAAGCAAGUCAACCAACGAAUUGAAAAUAUGAUGCAACAAAAAGCUCAAAUCACCAGCCAACAGCUAAGAAAAGCACAAUUACAGGUUGACAGAUUUGCAAUGGAAUUAGAACAGAGCCGAAAUUUGAACAAUACCAUAGUGCACAUUGACAUGGAUGCUUUCUAUGCAGCUGUAGAAAUGAGGGACAAUCCAGAAUUGAAGGAUAAACCCAUUGCCGUAGGAUCAGUGAGUAUGCUGACUACUUCAAAUUACUAUGCAAGGAGGUUUGGUGUUCGUGCAGCUAUGCCAGGAUUUAUUGCUAAGAGACUCUGCCCACAACUUAUAAUAGUGCCCCCAAACUUUGACAAAUACCGAGCUGUGAGUAAAGAGGUUAAGGAAAUACUUGCUGAUUAUGAUCCCAAUUUUAUGGCCAUGAGUCUUGAUGAAGCCUACUUGAACAUAACAAAGCACUUAGAAGAAAGACAAAAUUGGCCUGAGGAUAAAAGAAGGUAUUUCAUCAAAAUGGGAAACUCUGUAGAAAAUGAUAAUCCAGGAAAGGAAGUUAAUAAACUGAGUGAGCAUGAACGAUCCAUCUCUCCGCUACUUUUUGAAGAGAGUCCUCCUGAUUUGCAGCCACCAGGAGAUGAAGAACAAAACAAUCCUCAAAUACUCCAAAACUCAGUUGUUUUUGGAACAUCAGCCGAGGAAGUGGUAAAGGAGAUUCGUUUCAGAAUCGAGCAAAAAACAACACUGACAGCCAGUGCAGGCAUUGCCCCAAAUACAAUGUUAGCAAAAGUGUGCAGUGAUAAGAAUAAACCAAAUGGACAAUACCAAAUUCUCCCCAAUAGACAAGCUGUGAUGGACUUCAUCAAGGAUUUACCCAUUAGAAAGGUUUCUGGAAUAGGAAAAGUUACAGAAAAAAUGUUAAAGGCCCUUGGAAUUAUUACAUGCACAGAACUUUACCAACAGAGGGCAUUGCUUUCUCUCCUUUUCUCUGAAACAUCCUGGCAUUAUUUCCUUCACAUCUCUUUGGGUCUAGGCUCAACACACCUAACAAGAGAUGGAGAAAGGAAGAGUAUGAGCGUUGAAAGGACUUUCAGUGAGAUAAAUAAAGCAGAAGAACAAUACAGCCUAUGCCAAGAACUUUGCAGUGAACUUGCUCAAGAUCUACAGAAAGAAGGUCUUAAGGGUAGAACGGUUACCAUUAAGUUGAAGAAUGUGAAUUUUGAAGUAAAAACUCGUGCGUCUACAGUUUCAUCUGUUGUUUCUACUGCAGAAGAAAUAUUUGCCAUUGCUAAGGAGUUGCUAAAAACAGAAAUUGAUGCUGAUUUUCCACAUCCCUUAAGAUUAAGACUUAUGGGUGUUCGGAUAUCUAGUUUUCCCAGUGAAGAAGACAGGAAACACCAACAAAGGAGCAUUAUUGGCUUUUUACAGGCUGGAAACCAAACCCCAUCAGUCAAUGGGUGUAUACUAGAGAAAACUAACAAAGAUAAGUUUGCAAAACCUCUAAAAGUGUCUCAUAAGAAGAGUUUCUUUGAUAAAAAACGAUCAGAAAGGAAAUGGAGCCACCAAGAUACAUUUAAAUGUGAAACCGUGAAUGAACAAAGUUUACAGACAUCACAACCAUUCCCAGUUUUAAAGAAGAUGAAUGAGAAUUCGGAAAUAUCAGAGAAUUCAGAUAACUGUCAGAUAUUUACCUGUCCUGUUUGCUUUAGGGCACAAGGAUACAUCAGUCUGGAAGCCUUUAAUAAACAUGUAGAUGCAUGUCUUGAUGGACCUUCAAUCAGUGAAAACUCUAAAAUGUUCUCAUGUUCACAUGUUUCUGCAACCAAAGUUAACAAGAAAGAAAAUGUUUCUUCUUCACUUUAUGAGAAGCAAGAUGAUGAAGCCCAUCCAAAAAAUAGAGAAAUAUCUCCAGUAGAUUAUGUAGAUUUAGUAGAUACUAUAGAUAACUCAUCUGAAGCAGAAAGCAUAGAUGCUUUAAGUAAUGAGCAUAGCAAGGAAGAAUGUUCUAGUCUCCCAAGCAAGUCUUUUAAUAUUGAACACUGUCAUCAGAAUUCUUGUACUGUUUCAUUGGAAAGUGAAGAUGUUGGAUUAAGUAGACAAGAAUCCUGCCAGCCUUAUUUAUGUAAAGUGGUAACAGGCCAAACACUAGUUUGUCCUGUUUGUAACAGAGAACAAAAGACUUCAGAUCUAACCCUGUUCAAUGUGCAUGUGGAUGUUUGCUUAAAUAAAAGUGUUAUCCAAGAACUAAGAAGGGAUAAAGUUAACCCAGUUUAUCAACCCAAAGAAAGCUCCAGAAGUACUGGUAGCUCAAGUGGAGUACAGAAGACUGUAACAAGAACAAAAAGGCCAGGAUUGAUGACAAAGUACUCAACAUCAAAGAAAAUAAAACCAAACAAUCCCAAACAUACCCUUGAUACAUUUUUUAAGUAAACAUUGAACAUUUGAUCAUUAAUUUUUAAUUGAAACUUCUUAUUUUAUAAUCAAUGAAUUUGUUCUUCCCGUUUAAGUUUGCAGAUUUAUUUAGUGAGGCAAGUGCAAUAAUCCUUCCUCAGAUGAUGUUUACUUUUCUAAGAAUUUGGAAUAUGUACUAAUUCUUUAUAUCUUUUUUAUAACCAUGAGAAUUUACUUCUGUUAUACAUCAAUUGGAAAUUAAUCCUGUUAAGAGAUAAUUUUUAAAAAGGAAAUUAGGAAUUAGAUCAGAAGAUGAUUUUUAAAAUUAUUUUUAUACUGACUAUAAGAACAGAUUUGUAAGGGCUCUCAAAGAUUCAUGCAAACCUAUAGUAUCCUAAGGAUUUUUUAGCACUUAACUACUUUGUUGGCAUUGAUCCUAAUAUCUUUAGAUACCUCAUGAGCAUUCAUAAUUAAAAUUUAUCUUAAGUUCUAUGAAGAGUAUUAACAUAACUAGCAUAAGUGGUUUUCUUACCUUCAGGAAAAAUAACAUCAUAGUAUUAUCUGUGUUAAAAUCGUUUUUGCUUCAAAUAUAAUUUUUAAUUUGGCUUUUCUUAUUUAAAAUUCUGUUAUGAAUAAACACUUGAAUCACUUUUUAAAAUAUUUAGUCCAAGAUGAUUCAAAGUAGUUUUAUUUUAAUACAGGACUUUUAAAUGGCAGUAUUUCAUUUCUUGUCAGUUAUGUUGGUACUUUCUACAAAUCUAUAAAGAAGAAUGAAUUGUAUAGUCAUUUUAUUAUAGUCUUCAAGAGAAAAUGUGUAAUUCAAAAGAUUAAUAUAUAUUAAGACACAUUAAGUAUCUUAGUUACAUUACUAUCAACAUUUUUGUUAAUAGCUGUGAAAGAAGACAGCUUAAUAGUAGUUAGCUUAAGUAGUUUCUCAACAUACUUUUGUGCUAUCAAUGAGUUCUUCUCAAAAAAUUAUUAUUUAGGCCUUGCACGGUGGCUCAUACCUGUAAUCCCAGCACUUUGGGAGGGGAAGGCAGGCAGAUUACUUGACAGGUCAGGAGUUCCAGACCAGCCUGGCCAACAUGGUAAGACCCUGUCUCUACUAAAAAUAUUAAAAAAAAAAAAAAAAAAAAAUUAGCCAGGCUUGGUGGCACCUGCCUAAUCCCAGCUACUCAGAUGGCUGAGGCAGGAGAACCAUUUGAAACUGGGAGAUCCAGGCUGCAGUCAGCCAAGAUCUUGCCACUGCACUCUAGCCUGGAUGACAGAGUAAGACUCUGUCUCAAAAAUAAUAAUAAUAAUAAUAGUUAUUAUUUAAUUGCAACAUGAAAUUGGAAGCCAUUUUCUGUUACUUCUUUAAGGAACUAAGUCUUCUGUUCUCUUAUAUUUUUGUUUUCUCUCCCCUUGCUUUUCAUAUUUUAGCUUAUUAUCUAAAUAUAUAUUUAUAUAACAUAAAUACAUAUUUUAUAUAUUAUAAUAUUUUAGGAAUAGCUUAAUUAAGAAUGUGCAGACUUUGGCAAAGUGAUAACUUGACUUUUAAUUACUAGAUUGUUUAAAGUAAGCUUAAUGCCUGUUAGCAUGCCAAUUCAAUCCCAUGACUGAUGUUGUUAUGCACUAUGAAAAAUACAAAGUUGUAGUGUUAUGGUUUUUGAUCAUGUGAUUUACUUAUGUAAGUUCUGUACAAAUUUAAGUUCAGUGAACACUGAUUUAAUGUACUGAAAGGUAAAUAGUACCAUAUUCAGUUCUUUUCUGUCUUGCCUUAAGUUUAUUUUUAUUUUCAGUAUUAGAAUAAAUGCUAAAUUAUUUUCAUUUAAGGAUUUAUUUAGUCGAUGUCAUCAUUUAGUAAUAUUUCAUAAUCAUUUGAAAUAAAAUUUAGAACUUUAAUUGAUGUGAGAUGCUUUUCUUACUUUUCUACUCUUCCUCCCUCUUACACCUUCACUUGUGCUUUCUCUGCCCAGAAUUUUCAUCACAUUCUUUACUACCUAUUUUGUCUAGUAUAUCCAGUCCAUUUUCUUUUUAAUAUAACUUUGAUUUGGGGCAUUUCAAGAAAAUAACAGCAAAACUACGAGGACUGGUAAUAAGCAUGCAUAAUCUUACCUACUUGGUGAACCUAAUAUAAACCUAAUCAUAAAGAACUACCAUAUUUGCAAUAUAUGUAACUGGUGAAAAACUAGUAUCCAGAAUAUAUAAAUGAUUCCUGUGAAUCAGUAAGAAAAAGACAAUCAAUAGAAAUUUGGACAAAAGACUUUAUAUUGGCAUUUCAAGUGAAAGGAAAUCCAAAUGACCAAGAAACAGGAAAAUAUUCCCAGCCAUAUUAAUAUUUGGGAAGUAAAAAAUAAAACUACAAGGAGGUAUCAUUACAUCCUUACCAUAUUUACAAAAAUGAAAUGAUCUAAUGAUACUAAGUUUUGUUGAUGAUGUCAACUCUUACGUUGAAAACAAUCGCUGUGGAAAACUUUGUCCUUUAAUAAAUUUAAAGAUAAACAUGCCCAAAGCCCAGCAAUUGCACUCUGAGGUAUACAUCUUUGCAGGUUAUCUUUCAUUACAGUUAUUUUUUUUUCCUGCUAGGACCCUAACUACUACAAUGCCUUGGGAACACCACUGAAAAUGUACCCUGGGAAGCAUGUACAAGAAGGUUCUUCCUAGGAAGGAAGAUGCCCCCAAAAUUUUUUCUUAAUGUUCAUAGUAGCACUGCAAUAGCCAAAAGUUGGAAGUGAAGCAAAUAUUCAGCAAUGGUAGAAUGGUUAAAUUCUACUGUGGCAUUUAUAUUAAAACAAUAGAAUUCUACACAGCGGUGAAAAUGAAGGAAAUAACUAAUCACAACAUAGAUGAGUAUCACAGACAUUGUGGAGCAAAAGAAGCAACUUAAAGAAGGAUGCCAUUAACAUAAUUCCACUUGUAUUAAGUUUAAAACAGUAAAAACUGAACAACUACGUUGUUUUAAGCAUUAUGUAUAUGAGAUAAAACGAUAAAGAAAACCAAGUGUUUUGCUGUCCUCAGAACCAGAAUAAUGAUUUCCUCUGUGGAGAGGUAAGGUAAUUUGACUGGGGAGUAGCACCUGGUGAUUCUGGGAUGCUGGCAGUGUUCCAUUUCUUGUCUUGGGUGGUGAGUGCAUGGAUGUUUACUUUUAAAAUACUCUUUAUACAUAUAUAUUUUACGUAUUCUUGUUUAUAUAUGACCUUUAUCGUUAUAAAAAAAAGGGCAAAAACUG